UUUGGGCUUUCCAGUAAAACUAUACCAACAAGUUUACCCAAAACCGCAGCCGGGAUCGAACAAUCGGUUGCCGGCCCGUUUGCCCACCGGAACGUGAUGGUUAAUAUUUUAACGAAAUUUCUUGUUUAGCGUGUUUUGUGUGUUCUCUCGCUCGGUGUGGUGGUGUGGUGUCUCGCUGUGGAAGUUCGUCAAUAAGCAAGGGGUAGCCACGAGUCAAACACCGGUGGCAGCACGCAGUAGUGAAUUUAAACCAUGACUAAGGGUACUUCCAGCUUUGGAAAGCGGCACAACAAAACCCACACGUUGUGCCGCCGCUGUGGUCGUUCGUCGUACCACAUCCAGAAGCAUACAUGCUCGCGCUGCGGCUAUCCGGCAGCCAAGAUCCGAUCGUAUAACUGGUCGGAGAAAGCGAAGAGGAGGAGAACCACCGGUACCGGCCGCAUGCGCUACCUGAAGGUGGUACGCCGCCGUUUCCGCAACGGAUUCCGCGAGGGUCAGGUGGCGAAGCCGCGCAAGGCAUAAUAAUUUAAACCCGCGCCGUGCUUUCCUUUUGCAAACAAAAAAAAAAACCAACACAUUGUAUACCGAGCAAAACUAAUACCCCCACCCGCAAAGAAACUUGUUCGGUGAAACGCACCGUCAACUAUCUUCAAUAAGUAUCUUCAUUGCGCGUUUUGUUAGUGCCCUGUUUGUCUCGGGUUUUGCAUCCUUUCGAAGCAAAGAAAGUGCGUUUUUCUGAUAUUUCUGGGAAAUGCAUUGAAUUUGCGGAUUGAAUGCCACUCGCGACCCACGGCGAACGAGGUAACCAACACUUGAGCAGCCAGAAAUGAAAUGUCGGGAUGACACAACACACACACACGCAUCAUCCCCUUCUUCUCUACGCUUGCUGGUAGUACGUUUUGCUGUGUACCAAUGUAUUGAAAUGCGAACAAGGAAGUGAAUAAAAAAUCGAAACACAACA